AACAAAAACGGCGGAAAUGGAACGGAUGGUGGGCAACGCGCGCGAAUGAGUGGUAAAAGGGGAAUUUACCAAAACAGUAAAUCUUGAAGUUUGUAGUUUUAAAUUGCCUUUUACGAGUAAAAUUUAAACUUAGUUCGCUAAAUUUUAUGUUUUACACAACCACAAAAGUGAAGUGAAACCGCCGGGCAUCGGAAUGGCUGAGCGUGCCCUUGAGUUGGUCCGUGAACUGACGAGGACAACGGAAACCAUUCCACCGUUCAACAGCGAGGGUGUUCGGUCUGUACUUGAAGACAUCAAUCAAGUUUUCGAGGAUAACAGCAGCAAUGCGCAGGAUUACAAUCGGACCGGCAGCCAAAGCUAUCUUCCGAUAAUCAUGUACCGCCACAAGCUGAUCCAAAGGCAGAAGCGUUGCCUCUUGGUCUACCUGCACGCCCGACUCCAGAAGCUGAAAAAGAUACGAUGGCAUCUGGGGGCCACCUUGCCACCCGAUAUCAAAGCCAAUCUGAACGAGCCGGAGCUGCAGUGGUUCAACAACUACUCGCGGAUGCUGGCCAAAUACAUGGCGACGAUUGGCGACGGUACGGGGUUGAAUCUCACCAACGACAUAAAACCACCGAAGUCGCUAUUCAUCGAGGUACGCUGUCUGACCGAUUACGGUAAGUUUGAAUUGGAAAGUGGGGAAAUUGUGCUGUUGAAGAAAAAUAGCCAGCACUAUUUGCCAAAACUCCAGUGCGAGGCUCUGAUCCGCCAGGGUAUUCUACAGCAUAUCGUGUGAUAGUA